UGUGUCAUUUCCUGAAAGUACAUGUGUAGAGCUUAGACAGCUCUGCAUUAGGUGUGGUCUGUGCCAUAAACUACACUUCAGGUGAACUAUAAAACUUCGCUUAACAAACUAUCCUGUUUCAGUUGUUCUGUACACUAACAAUGGCCAGAAGACAUCUGAUGUUGUGGAUCUUCACUCUGUGUGUUUUACUCAAUCCCUCAGUUGGUCACUUUUCUGAACUUGAUGGAAAAAAGGUCUAUGAGAUUGUUCGACCAAUCAAAUUACAUGAGCUACAAAAAAGAGAUUUAAAGUCAAGAUCUGAUACAGUGAAAUAUGCCAUGACGCUGGGUGGUAGAGACAUUGAAAUGCAUCUCCAGAAAAAUGAUGGCAUGCUGACUAAAGACUACAGUGAGACCCACUACACUAAAGACGGGAUGCUUGUUACAACCACACCUGAAGAUCUGGACUUAUGCUAUUAUCAUGGGAAAAUAGUAAAUGACAGCGAGUCAUUGGUUAGCAUGAGCACCUGUGAUGGACUACGAGGCUAUUUCCAAACAGCAGAGCAGAGGUUUCUGAUCGAGCCGUUGUCCGAAGAUAGUGAUGGUGACCAUGCUGUCUUUAAGUAUGAAGACGCACAUGGAGACACGCCGAGGGUGUGUGGAGUCACCAACACUAGUUGGGAUGAGAGUGAGGAUGGCACUCCUCCACGCAUCCUCAAAACCCGUUCUCGUUCCUCAGGGCCAACAUUGUUCCAGCAACAAAAAUACAUCGAGUUCUUCCUUGUGGCAGACAACAGAGAAUACAAGAAUUUCGGCAGCGAUCUUGAGAAACUGAGAAAGAGGAUAUUUGAGAUCAUCAAUUUCAUCAAUAGUGUUUAUAAAGAAAUCAACACCUUUGUUGCUCUGACUGGAUUUGAAGUGUGGACAGACAGCGAUAAGAUAACAGUCUCCUCUGCUGCUGGAGCAACCUUAGACGGCUUUUCUAAGUGGAGGAACAGUGAGCUUGUCAAAAGAAAGAAGCACGACAAUGCCCAACUUCUCAGUGCAAUUGACCUUGAUGGAUCAACUGUGGGUCUAGCUUACAUUGGAACCCUGUGUGGAGGUCUUUCAACAGGGAUUGUGCAGGAUCACAACACUAAUGCUAUAGCAGUGGGGGCUACUCUGGCCCAUGAGAUGGGGCACAAUCUCGGGAUGAGUCAUGACAGCAGCUCCUGCGUUUGUUCUGAUAGAGAUUGUAUUAUGACAGCUGCUCUCAGCUAUUUCAUCCCUAAACACUUUAGCAGCUGUAGUACUGGUACCUAUGCAGACUACCUGAACAACAGAAACCCGGAAUGUCUUCUAAAUAAGCCCGAACCAAAAGAAUUGAUUCAGCCGGCUGUGUGUGGAAAUGGAUUUGUGGAGAUAGGAGAAGAAUGUGACUGUGGAACGGUGCAAGAGUGUACAAACCCAUGCUGCAAUGCAACCACCUGCAAACUGACAGAGGGCUCACAGUGUGCAACAGGAGAAUGUUGUGAGAAUUGCAAGAUCAUGCCAACCUCACAUGUGUGUCGUCCAAAAAAUGAUGACUGCGAUUUGCCCGAGUCCUGCACUGGAAAAUCAGCCGUGUGUCCUGAAGAUGUCUUUACAGUCAAUGGACAACCUUGCAAAAAUGGGAAAGGUUAUUGCUACAAUGGCCAGUGCCCUCAGAGAGAGGAGCAGUGCAUUAAAAUGUGGGGUUCAACUGCUGAGGUGGCUGAAGACUAUUGCUACAACCAAAACACAAGAGCAGAGUACUACGCCUACUGCAAACGUAAUGGCGAUAAAUAUAUCGGAUGCCAAAAACAAGAUGUGAUGUGUGGAAAACUGUUCUGUGUAAAAGGCAACAAAGGUCCCAAUUAUGGACGAUUGGUAACAUUCAAGAACUGUAAAGCCACAUUCUACGGCAAUCCUGAAGAGGAUUACGGCCAAGUCGACACUGGCACCAAAUGUGGGGAAGGGUUGGUUUGUAACCAGAAUGAGUGCGUUGACAUAGAGACGGCUUACAAAGCAACAAACUGCUCAGCCAAGUGCAAAGGCCAUGCGGUUUGUGAUCACAGACUGCAGUGCAGAUGUGAACCUGGAUGGCUGCCGCCAGAUUGUGAAUCAACAACCGCAAGUGAUGGUUUGUCUAAAGGUGUGAUUGUAGCCAUUGUUGUGGUUGUUCUGAUUGGGAUUCUUCUAAUUGGACUGGGAGUCUUCUUUUACAAACGCAGAAAGAGCACACCACAUUCAUCUAUCCAUCCAAGGCAGCAGAAAGUUCAUGUUGUUGACAUCCCUGACUUGAGCCACCAGGGAUUGCAGAUGCCAAAUCAGAAGCCAUUUCCGGUAAUAAAACCUUCAGCACCUCCUCCACCUCCACCUGUUUCAGUCCAGGCCAGAGCUCUACAUAAUGACUUCAUAUCUGCACGUCAGGCUCUUAAACCACCUCCAAGGGUGUGAUGUCUAGCACCUGUCAAACCUCAAGAAGCUGAAACCACACUUUGGGAUAUUCAAUCACUCCAGACCCUGCAGAAGGGCUUGCAAGUGUUUGAAAGAGGCUUAAUAAACUCUUCAGGAGAAGACAAUAUCUGUGAAAAUAAGCCACAUACUUAUCAGAGUAACACAAAAUGAAUUUUAGUGUGCAAAAGAUUGUCUUUGAGUCACAUAAUGAAUUUUAAGUUGUUUGUUUUUAACCGGAAUGUUUUUUUUAUAUAUAUAAAUUUACAUUUAUUUAUUUGUACAGUCAGUUUCUGUGUAAAUGAGCUUGACUUGUGUAUAGUAAUGGUUUUUAUGAUUUGUCAGCAAUAAUAGCUGACACAUUUCCACUGAAUGUUCAAGAAACAGAAAGCUGCUUCUCUAAAGUCAAAACUCUCAUAGAUGCGAUUCUUUUCAAGUUUUUCAUAGCAAUGUCUUGAAAACAAUACUGUACUUCAUACAUACAUUUUGUUACAAUGCACUUUCAACAAAUAUUAGCAAAUCUAAAUGCUUAAAUUCUAAAGUUUACUUUAUAGUAUAGUUUUAGUUUUGUAUUUAUUAAAUCUGAUUGUACUUUAAAAUGCAAUACUAAUGUAAUGUACAUUGAAAAACAUUCAGGUGAUUAAAAAAAAAGACCAAACUUGGGGUCCACAGUA